UGUUAUUCAUAGAUGUCUCGGCCUGAAGGCUAAUCAAGAGUCAACUCUGCAUUCUGUACCAACUUGUGGGCUUAUCCAGGCCAAGAAUCACAAAAACGAAAAAUAAGAAAGAGAAAUAGACAACAGAAUCAAAGAAUAAUAAAUUUGUAUAGCUACCUCCCUUAUUAUUGAGCAAACAUCCUUUAAUGUAAUUUGUUGGUUUAAAUUGGAACAUAAUAAUUUCUGGGCAGAAGAUGUAAUGUUUUUGUCCAUGAGGUCAGAGGUUUAGAGUGUACUAGCUUACGUGCUGUUCUACUCCAACUCCGUAGCCUAUUUAUUAUUUAAUUAAGGCACCAUGCACAAAAGUGCUUGUGGGGGAACAAGAAGAACAAGAAGAAGAGGGUGGUUUCAUCAAAAAGGAAUUGAAGAUUUAAUUUCUUUUCAUCAAAGAUGAAACACAUUUAAGUGUAUAGCAGACACAUAUCAAACCAAUAAGCUAAGGUUUCUUGCUUGAGCCUCAUCCCAUUACCAUUCUCAGGCUCAGGUUUUGUUUUGUCUCCUGCGUCUCAGCUUCUUUGUUAUCCAUCUGUGCAAACAAAAUUAAUAACAUGGAUACAUGAGUAGGGUAGCUACCUGCCAAUGCCAUAUAUAAAUAAACUGAUGAAUGAUGAUGAUGGUAAUGGAAGGAGAGUCAAAGUGUAUAGGUAGUUGGUGAGACAGAAAGAAAUGAAGGAACAAUCAGGCACGCCCCUUGCAUCGUUGCCUCGGCCUCAACCUCAGGUGGAGUGGAAUGAGCUUGGAUAUAGUUCAUGGGACACUCAGACUUCUCAAAAUCUUAAGAGGCCAUUAGAAGCUACAUUGUUGGAGAACACUUUCCUAACAAGUCCCUGCAUGCCACAUUAUGAUAAUGGAACUGUUGAAAUGAAUAUUCAUUUGAAACCUCAACUUGGAAACAACACUAGAUCCCGUUUAUGGAUUCCUCAGCAAGAAGAAUCUGUUGCUAAGAGAGCUCUCUUACAACAGAAGAACGCAACGCUGCCUAAGGUUAACCGAAAAGGUCAUCUUGCAGGUUCAGGUUCAUGUUCAGUUAGCAUAAUACCACAGAAUGAUCAACAUUUUCUAACUGAACUAGAUCAACAUUCUUUUGAAAUUCAUAAUCCUUUAUCUCCUGACAUUUUUAAAUUAGAACCUGAGGUGUUAAGUGAUCCUGUUAAUCCUCAAAGUCAAAAUUGGAGUUCAUCAGUGGUUGGUAUUCCCCAAUCUGAUUCUGCCACUGUGAAUGGCCUAAUUCCUCUGCAAGAUACAGAUGAAUGGAUGGUGCAUUCUUCUUGCCAACAAGGAUUGCAAGAACAUCGUAUAUUAAGAUCUGAAGCAGUUUUGAGGAAUCUCUCAGCUAAAAGCAACAAUCCUGGUGAAAUUUGGGGUAACACCAGUGUUGAUGUUAGCAGUGCAAGUGCCACCAUGGUUGAGCCUUCGAAUUCAAGUGCCAUUUUGGAUGAAUUUUGCACACUUCAGGACAAGGAUUUUCAGAAACUAUCAGAUUGCAUCGUGAGCAACUUCAGUAUGAGCCAGGAUGUCCAGUCACAGAUAACAUCAGCAAGUCUAGCUGAGUCCCAUGUGUUUUCUGUGCAAGACCUCGCCAUCGACGCAGGUGGUGCAUCUUCAAGCCAUGCUGAUUUUAAUGAAUGCAGCUUUCUGCAAAAUAAUUCAAGGCCGCGAGUAGCUUCGAAAGCUCCACCCAGGCGUACCUAUACUAAGGUACAAAGGGCUGGUUCUGUAGGAAGAUCAAUUGAUGUCACUGCUUUCAAGAACUAUGAGGAACUGAUACAUGCAAUUGAAUCCAUGUUCGGACUCGAGGGUCUGCUUAAUGACGACACCAGAGGCAGAGAUUCAGAAUGGAAGUUAGUAUAUGUUGAUUAUGAGAAUGAUGUUCUACUUGUUGGGGAUGAUCCUUGGGGGGAAUUUGUGAACUGCGUCCGCUGCAUCAGAAUUUUGUCACCUACAGAGCUUAAGAAGAUGAGCAAAGAGGGAAUGCAGCUUCUAAAUAGUGGUGCAUUGCAACGGAUCAAUGGUCACUUGCACUAAGAUUAUAAAGACAUUUUUGAAGAUUUGUACUUGUAACUGUAGUCUUUUAACUAUGAUCUUUUUCUCACACUCGUAGAAUAGCACAUAUCUACCUUCAGGCAUUACCUUAUU